UGUCCUUUCUCUGCCUCAACCUGUCAGCUCUUGGGUCCAGCUGAUGCUAAGAUGAAGGAAUUACCAGCACUAAAAAGUACAAGAUGUUAAGAGCUGAGGAAAACAGCCCACUGUCCUAGUUUGGGAGAAGUCUGCGAGGUCUUUCACUAACACAAAUGCUUCUGAGGCCUGGAGAGGUGACCGAACUCUCCUAAACAGAAAAUCACUGAUCUCACGCCUUCACAAACCAGACAGAAGAUGACGAGGAGGACAUAAGGGAUAUUUUUUAUCUUCUUGACAUCUCGUGGCCUGUUGGCAUUCUUUGGCAUGAAAAUCCACUGAGGAAGCUUUAGAGCUGGCCUAAACUGGCUCUUCUUGGAUGAAAUUUCUCCUCAACCUUCCCCACCAAGAGCAGAGGUCAGCACCAUGUGGGACCAGCCACCUUGACAAUCACCGCCCACCUCUUGGCUCCUUCUCAUGACUUUCCCUUUGCCAUGGAAAAGAGAGUGAGCCAAAAGUCAAAGGCCAGCGUAGACUCACCUUGCUGGGCUCUUGUCCUGAAGAGUUUAGGAGGGAGUUAAGCUUAGGCCUGGGAGCAGGACAGCAGCCUCUCCGCCUGGCUCCUGUAUUUUAGUUUUCUAUCACAGAAUAGCUACUGCUUAUGUGGAACAGCCUUCACGGCACCACUACACCACCUGUAAAGAGUCUGUGAGUGUGGGCGCCAAGUCAGAGCUGGGCCCUUUCUCCCUUUCUUUCUUUGCUUUCGGAUUUCAUUCCUCCCCAUUGAGGGGUAUUCAGAACUGCUCUCUGCUGCAGUGCAGAGCCCGUGAACAGAGACCUGACAAAGAACUCACCCGAUUCCCUGAACUGGCUUCUUGGGGGAAUCCUCCGGGUGCUCUCACUUGGGAGCAGAGAAGAGCGAACACUUUGGGAGAAGGAGGAAGGAAACUGUCCGCUCUGACCUCGGAGAAAGUGGCCUUGCUUCCUCACCUGAUUCUCCUCCUGCUUCCUCCCAUGGGCAUGGGGUGAAGGGCCCAAUCAUGGUCAUCACCCAGAUAAAUAUGGAAUUCCGCUUCCGGGGGAAAAAGCUGAGAGGCUUCUCCUGUGAGAUGAUCAGGGCCCCUACUGGAUUCAUCCCGGAGACAUUCGGCUCCAUCAUCUGUCAGGUCCUGUUUCCAUUUAUGUUUUCCAUCAUGGGUAUGGUGGCUGCAGGCCUGGUGGCAAACAAAGUCCAACACUGGACCGUGUUUGUGGAGAUUAAAGAACUCUUAAUCCUAGUACCUCCCCUUUUGGGCCUGAAAGGGAACUUGGAAAUGACUUUGGCUUGCCGGCUCUCCACAGCUGCUAACACUGGGAAGUUUGACGACCCGCAGCAGCAGCAAACAAUGAUCAGCAGUAACCUCGCUCUGAUCCAGGUUCAGGCCACAGUUGUGGGCCUACUGGCUGCUGUUGUUGCCCUUACGCUGGAAGCUAUCUCUGGACAAAAACUUGAGUUGUCCCACAUCGGGGUCCUGUGUGCCAGCAGUAUGGUCACAGCCUUCAUGGCCGCCAUGUUCUUAGGAAUACUGAUGAUUUGCGUGGUGCUGGGUGCUCAGAAGAUGGGGAUCAAUCCGGACAACAUCUCCACACCCAUCGCAGCCAUGCUCGGAGAUUUCGUAUCCCUGUGCAUUCUGGCAGGCACCAGCAGCAUCCUGUACAGAUAUAUAGACCUGUAUUACCUGUUCCCAGUGAUCUGUUUCUUCUUCUUCUCCCUGAUCCCAAUAUGGAUUUUCAUAAUAAAGAAGAGCCCCACCAUCACCGAAGUACUGAAGACAGGCUGGUUUCCCAUCAUCACAGCCAUGUUAAUCAGCAGUCUUGGUGGGCUCAUCUUCACCAAAAGCAUAACUGAGCAAAAGAUCAAUUUGAUGGCUGUCUUCACUCCAGUGAUAAAUGGUGUUGGUGGUAACCUGGUGUCUAUCCAGGCCAGCCGGAUCUCUACCUACCUGUAUUCCUGGAGUUCCCCUGGAGUCCUGCCACACAAUAUGAGGAGCUUCUUCCCUGAUCCAGGCUCUACGUUCUGUUCUUCAGAAAUCAACUCUGUGUCUGCCCGAGUGCUGCUGUUCCUGGUCAUCCCUGGCCAUCUGACGUUCCUCUCCUUUAUUUACAUGAUGGAGAAAGGGGAGAUGGAGAUAAAUCUGCUGUUCGUGGUCUUUUAUCUGGUUGCUUCUUUGACCCAGGUGCUGAUCCUACUAUACCUGGCAGAGAUAAUGGUGAGGCUGGUAUGGCGCCGGUCCCAGGAUCCCGAUAGUCACUGCAUCCCCUACCUCACUGGGAUGGGGGAUCUGCUGGGGACUGGCUUACUGUCCCUCUGCUUUCUCUUAGACUCCUUCUUUAUCAAUUUGCAUCUGAGAAAUCCCAAUAUCGUGGAACCUGGGCCUCCCUAGAAAUGAGGCAAGAAAGCCCAAGACACUUUAUUCUCUGGUCUUCACAGCCUUCAGAGUCUUGAAAGCAAGUGUCCCAACAGUCAGACCAAAAGGAUUUUGGGGCCUCUCCUUGUAACCCUCUCUGCCAAGAAGAUUAUCUCAUGUAGCCUCAGGCAUUCUUACCUGGCAGCAGCCCAGAGCAUGGCUUGUACAUACAUGUAGGUGCCAGUGUGACAUGGGCUUCCCAGUGGGAAUGGUGUCAUGGAAAGGUCUAGCAUGCCUUUGGGAGACCACACAAAUGAGAGGGAUGCUGUUCUGGUCAGAUGUCUUGGCUCCUCCUCUCCAUAGCAGUACCCAACUUGGAGAACUUCAGAGCUGCUCUUUGGAUAUACCCCUGUACAGCCUUUCCUGCCCCAAGGCAAAGCACUUCCCAAGUGGAGUACAGCCAUGCUCCCGAGCCCUAACCAAGGGCACGAUAUCUCUUUGUUUCAAGUUACUUCAUCUUGACUUUUUCCCCAAAAACCCUGUUAGGAAACUCAGUGUUUGGAAAAGUGCAGAAGUAAAUUUUGUAGAAUUUA